GAAGUAUCAGCGAUGAGUGACGAGACUACGGGGGCAGGGCAGGGGGCUCUGCCCCCGCGUGAAGGCCAGACUGGCCUAAGAACUGCAUCUGACCGACCCCCAACAUCUGGCACCACAGUGCGGUUAACCCAAGUUGUUGGUGGCCAGUAUGUUAUCACCUCGCAACCUCAUGGAAUGCCUUCAUUGACACAGAUCAGUCCAAGUUCCGUGUCAAGCAGUCCGGGCAGCAUGGGUGCCCACGCUGGUCAAACAGGUGUAACCCGAAUAAUCAGUAUCAGUCCUUCGCGCAGUCAGUCAACAUCUCCACUGCGCCCCAGCGUAGCCAAUCAGUCCAUUGUCAAUGUGCUCACUUCAAAGACCAGACCAGGCACAAAUGUGCGACUCCAGCUUUUCUCUUCCUCUGGAGAUGGCCAGAUGGGGCAAACUACUAGUGCCACUUUGUCCCCUAGGGGGUUAAAGCGGCCGCCAACUUCGUCCGGCGAAAAGAAGGACAGUUACGCGUCGAAGCUACAACGGGUGAUGAACCAUCGGAUCGUGCGGUCGAAACUGGUGAAGGAGAAGUACAACGAGCAUUUGCUGGAGGCGUACUAUCUGGAGACGGGCAGCAACAUCCUAGACCUGUAUCAGUUCGCGAAAAAGCCGAAGACGCAAGCAUACCUGGCCUACCUGCGCGACCACGCCAUCGACCCGAAGGAGUACCAGCAGCAGGAAACCUCUAUGGAGGUGACGUCCACUGUUGGGGUUACUGUACCUAUGACUACACCGGGUACGCCGAGUGCCACGGCAGCGAGCUCUUUGCCUGGCAUCUCGCACGCCACCAGUUCAUUCACUAGCACGUCGAUGGUAUCCACCCACUCUACCGCCUCGACGGACUCCUUGAAAGCGUCCGCUGUGGCUAAGGCGAAGUCCCAGUUGAUCGCGUCGCCAUCGGCGUCACCAACUCCUGGUAGCACGACGGCGCCGACUACUACGGCCACGGCGGCCACCAACCAGGAGUUGAUAGUGGAAAAGGCCAAGCAGGAGGCGUACGUCGUCCAGAGGAUCUCCGAUUUGCAAAAGGAGGGGCUAUGGGCUGAACGGCGGCUUCCGAAGAUUCAGGAAAUGCCGCGGAAUAAGGCACACUGGGACUUUCUUCUUGAGGAAAUGCAUUGGUUGGCGGCCGAUUUCGCUCAGGAGCGUAAGUGGAAGAAAGCUGCUGCCAAAAAAUGCGCUAGGAUGGUACAGAAAUAUUUCCAGGAUAAAGCCUCUUGCUGCCCAACGUGCUGAAAAGGCACAAGAACAGCACUUGCGACGUAUGGCCGCAUUUUGUGCGAGGGAAAUCAAAAUAUUCUGGAGUAACGUUGAAAAAGCUUGUUGAGUACAAGCAAAACACCAUCCUGGAAGAGAAGAGGAAGAAAGCGCUCGACCAACAACUCAGCUUUAUCGUCGAUCAGACGGAGAAGUACUCACAGGU